AGAGAUACACAAACCCACAUUUUACGUGUCUGUGCGUAUGCGUUUGAGCUGUAGAGAACAAGGAAGGAUGAACACCAAGCCAUAAGGGUUAGGGGGUGAGAGAGAGCUACCAUCAGUCUGGGUGAAAAGGUGGAAAAUCAGAAAGCUUGCUUGCUAGAGCUCAAGCUCCCCAACAGGCAGUUGAAACAGAAAGAGCCAAUAUCAAAUGAGAGGUUGGACGGCUGCGUCACCUGGGCCCCCAGUCUAGAGCAUAUACAGCAAAGACCAAAAGGCUUGCCUGCAGUAAGAAGCAGAAGGUGAGAAACAGAGAGAAAGGGGAGAGUUUGCACUUGGGAGCAGAACAAAAAGCAGAUCCCGAGAGGAUAGGCGUGAUGGAAAACCUGCCUGUCUACCACGGACCCAUCGGCAAGGAGGAGGGAGAGAGGCGGCUGGCCCAGGACGGGAGAGAGGGGUGCUACCUUAUCCGCAACAGUGACUCUGUGCCUGGCGUCUUCUGCCUGUGUGUGCUGUGCAACGGAUACGUCUACACAUACAGACUACACAAGGAUGACGGAGGCUCAUGGGCUGCAGAUACCAGUCCUGGUGUGCCGAAACGAUAUUUCCGGCAAAUCAAGAACUUGAUAGCAGCUUUCCAGAAGCCCGAACAAGGAAUUGCCAUGCCUCUGCUCUACCCUGUCACUGCUCAGAGUCGCGCACAAAUGCACACAGAGGGACAGACACCCAGUAAUAACCUGUCACUGACACACAGCAGCAGCUCGAAUGCUUACCUCCAGCAGCGGCCGCAUGCUUCUCAGGGACACAAAAACAGGAACAAGAAGGAAGUGCGGCAAGCUCUGGGUUAGGGACAAACCCAGAGCUUACCAUUGACCUAAAUAAAAACAAAAAUGUUCUCUUUGUAUGGUGCCUACUGUUGCAUUUUCCAUGCUGUGUGCAAACUAAAUGUCACAUUUUUCUUUUACCUCACAGAAAAUUUCCCAUUAAUCAGCUCUUGUUUGUUCAAUUCUAGUCAUUUAGGUCCUAUCUGUGAUUCAGAUCUCCAUAUACUUUCAGUAUCUUCCUUUUUUUUCUUUCUUUUUUUUUUCUUGUGUGAAUAUGUGGCACAGAAACUGCCUCAUAACUUUCAGGGAUACGAUGUAAAAUAUUCAACUGCAUGAAACAUUAAUAUCCAUUACUGCAUACGUAAGUUGACAACAGAUAUUGUGCUCUGUUUUCUUAAUGCAAUUCAGUUAUGUGAAUGGCAAAGAAAAUAAAUGAUAUUGGUUGAAAU